AUGGCUAUCACUCGAAAACAUCUGGAUGACGCUACACUCUACCACUCUUCGUCACAUGAAGAGUUCAUAAAACAGAGUCGCCGUCUCAAUAGAGUUUGGGUAGAGAUUGGAAAGGCUGCGGGGUUACAUAAAACAAUGAUCACAAAGCUGAAAUACGAACUUCCUACUUGCCCAGUUUUAUACCUGCUAAUAAAAACACACAAACUCUCUUCCUUUGCUUUCCUUUCAGAAGACCCGGAUGUAUUCAAAGUACGUCCUAUCAUAAGCAACGUAGGUGGCCCCACGGACAGAAUAUCUUGGCUUUUGAACGCUAUACUUGCACCAUUGCUCAAGUAUGUUCCCGCGCAUCUAUCCAACACCAACAUGUUCCUUGAGCAGCUUAAAAGAGCGCGUUCAGAAAAAGAAUGUGUCAUCGAAUCUUUCGAUGUCACAUCGCUUUAUACAAAUGUUUCCAACGGCGCUGCAAUGCAAGCUGUGUUCGAGCUACUCGUAGAACAUCGGGACACCUUAGACUUGCACGGGUUUUCCAUAAGGCAAAUUAUGAUGCUCCUGGAUGAAUGCUUAAAGUGCUCCAUUUUUCGUUGGGCCGGCAACUACUAUAGACAGGUCAGGGGAUUGGCCAUGGGACAAAGACUAGCUCCCACACUAGCCAUUGCAUUCAUGUCCAAAAUAGAACAACCCAUUCUGGAACGGAAACCUUUCCUGUAUUGCCGUUAUAUUGAUGACUGUUGCAUUAUAUGCCCCACUCAAGACGAGAUGGACACUUGCUUCGAGCUUCUAAACCAACAGUCCCCUUACAUACGGUUCACAAGGGAGAAACCCAAAGAAAAUUGGCUGUCCUUCCUCAAUGUGGAAAUACAGUGGUCCAAUGGUGAAUGGAAGACACGAUGGUUCCGAAAACCUAGCAGCAAAAACAUUUUAGUUCAUUGUCUUUCCGCUCACCCUUGGAAAACUAAGAAAUCUGUGGUUAAAAACAUGUUUAGGACAGCCGUAAGGGUGACAUCAGAUGUCCAGGAGCGGAUCGAUGCGAUCAACCUAGCGCAACGCAUCGCGAAUUCUAACGGUUACAUUGGUAAUGUAGCACGUAGGCCAGAUCUUGGUGCGCAGCAAGAAUAUGCCACACGGGUUGAGUCGAAUAAGAUCAAUUUCUGCCUGCCCUUCAUAACCGACGACCUGAGUAAAGCUAUACGGGCUAGUCUGGUGAAAUGCGGUCUCGAGGACCAAGUGAGAGUUGUGGAAAUACCUCCAACAAAUCUCAAAAAACAACUAGUUCGAAACAGAAUGUACGACCGCUUCUGUCUCACUCCAGACUGUGUAAUAUGCCCAUUCGGGAAGGAAGGGGACUGCAUGGUCUCUGGUGUAGUCUAUCUAAUUUCGUGCAAAACAUGUGGGGACCAAUACAUUGGCGAAACAGGGCGCCCCCUUUGUAUUCGCAUUAAAGAACAUCUAAGGGGGAUGAAACAAUCGAAUGCAGCAACUCCCCUCGGAGUUCACCGCAGACAAUGUCAUGAAAACGUUCCUUUCUGCGUAGCUGUCACAAUUCUAUCGUACGAACCCGAAAUUAUAGCUCGCAGAACUUUAGAAGCGUUUUGGAUAAAUGCAAAAGGUCCAAAAAUGAAUAGAAAGGAAGAGUGCUUAGCCGUGACAAACGAGCUGGCUCUGUAUCAAGACCUUUGCGGGUUUGAUCUACGGGGUCAUAUGCGGGUCGCAUCCUAA